CGCAAAAUUUAGCCUUUUGUGUGUUGUCGUUCCCCGAUAGUUAUUGGGUAUUGCAGUGCGCAGUCCGACGAUUUUUCUUCGCUGCAAACACACGAACAACGAAUAAACAAUAAAAGCAUACAAGAUCCUCUCCAAUCGGGGUUAUUUUAUUGUUUCCGAGUCAUGAAUGUUUCACCGUCUACCCCUAACUUAUCGUGGCGAGGAUCUACGUCGAAAUUCUGGCGUUAAUCUAGCAAUUAUAAAAUACAGUCAUGCAAUCAUGACGUCCGAGAUCCAGUUUGUACGUGGAAAAAUUAAAUUGCAUAGAUGAGUUUAGUGAAAUACAAUUUUUAUGGAUGCAUUGACGCCUGACAUUAGGAUAUCAAAGUCUAGUCGGAGUUUUUCUCCUUCACAAAAUCCAAUGCCUAAAAUGGCUAAUAAACCGUGGAAUGCUGCUACUUUUUCGGCUGAUGAAAUUGCUAUGAGUCGAUGUAAAUCACCUGUUGGGUCAUCGGGAAGUAUUCGAGUGGUCCGUCAUGAAAGGGGAGGAUCUGCAGAUACUGGACUUAUUAGACCUGAUAAUUUAUCAAGUUAUGCAUCCAGUGAAGAACCCAACCCAUCUGGCAACAAUGAAGAUGAUGGUGAUUUAUUUUAUUCAUAUGGUGGAUACAAUGGUGCUGAACUUGCUGAUGAUUCUGAUGGUACAAAGACUAGAGCAGCCAUGGAUCAUGUCCGAUCGAAAAUCGUGCGUACUAAAGAUUUGAUUCGAAGUGAACAAACUGCAAGAGAUGAUAAUGUUAAUGAAUAUUUAAAAUUAGCAUCAAAUGCAGAUAAACAACAACUGGCUCGAAUUAAAUCAAUAUUUGAAAAAAAAAAUCAAAAAUCUGCUGUUGGUAUAUCACAAUUACAAAAAAAGCUUGAAGGUUAUAAUAAACGAUUAAAAGACUUAGAAACACAUGGGCUCACAACAUCACAUCAUUUAAAACAACCAAAAGAAAUGUUAAGAGAUGUUGGACAUGGUCUAAGACAUGUUGGUGGUAAUAUAAGAGAUGGAAUUUCUGGUUUAUCUGGAUCAGUUAUGUCAAAACCACGAGAAUUUGCUCAUCUAAUUCGUAAUAAGUUUGGUAGUGCUGACAAUAUCAAUUCAAUAUCAAGAUCAAGUGAAGCUGAUCUAACUGAAGAUAAUAGUGAUAAACAGAGUGGUCGUAACCAUCAUGGUAGUGCUACUUUGCCUGGCGGUGUUGGACUUCAUGCAUCAACUGCCGGUGCUGCUACAUCACGUAGUGAAGACGGUGCUUCAGAGUGCAGUUCUGUGACAAGUGAAUCAAUUCCACCAAGAACAGGUCCUGGGGCGCCUCCACCUCCUGCAUCUGCAACCACUUCUUUGGAACCAGUUUGGGCUGAAUUAGAUCAUUUACGUUCAAAAAUGGAUCACAUCAAACAGUUAGUAUCCAAAGAUAUUGCAUCCUUAAACCAUUCCCUUCAGGAAGAACGCUUUCGUACUGAGCGGCUUGAAGAGCAAAUAAAUGAUCUUACUGAGUUACAUCAAAACGAAGUGGAAAAUCUUAAACAAACUAUCACUGAUAUGGAAGAAAAAGUGCAAUACCAGAGUGAAGAAAGACUUCGUGAUAUUCAUGAAAUGCUUGAAGCAUGUCAAACAAAAAUGUCUAAAAUGGAACAUCAACAAGCACAACAUCAACAAUAUGUCACAUUAGAAGGAUUAGACAAUUCUAAUGCUCGUGCAUUAGUAGUAAAAUUAAUAAAUGUGUUACUCACUGUACUUCAAGUAGUGUUACUCCUAGUUGCCACAUUUGCUGGCAUUUUGAUGCCAUUUUUAAGGACGCGUUUAAGAAUUAUUACUACCACUGCAGUUGUUGCUGGAUUAUUCAUUGCAGUAAAACAAUGGCCAGAUAGUGUUAGCUUGAGUGAUUACCUCAUUAAACAUGGCAAACAAGCCUUGUUAUCCGUUAAAUAG